AUGAUGAAAUCUUUUAAAAAUAUUUAUCGUAAUAAUAAAAAAUUAUAAUAAGUGUUAGAAAUGACUUAAUAACUGUCUCAUUAAUGGGCUGGGAUGGUUCAGAAGUAAAUGGCUGAAAAAGUACUAAAUGAGAAUCAACAAAAAUAUGAUUAAUAGUAGAGAAAGUAAAGAUACAAGGAAGAAUUAGAAACAGACAUGAAAUUGAAAUAAUAGAAAAAAAUAAUUUAACAUCAAUAAGACUAACAAUUAGAAUCUUAAAUGUUAGAAACUCUUCGGUAAAGAGAAUCUAAGAAAUUAAAAGAAAUGGAACAAAGAAAAAUUAAACAAAUAGAAACUAGUUUAGAGAAUCUCAAUCAUUUAUUAAUUCGAAAAAAAAUGAAUUAAGAAAGAUCAUACUAAAGUUUAUUACUCGAAUAAGAAGACAUAAAAUAAGAGAAAUUAAAAGAGAUAAAAAGUUUAGAAAGAAUUAAAAUGUUAAAAGAUGAAGAAUCAAGAAAAUUACGCGAAAAUUAUGAUUCUAUCAUUCAAUAAAAAUUGAACUAAAAAUAAUAAAUCAAAUCAAAGUUAUUGAAAGUUUAAGAAACCGAUCCAGAUUAAAUGGUUCAAUUAGAGAGAGGGGAAGCAUCAUUAUAUUAGAAUGAAUUAAAUAAAUAACUAGAGGAAAAAAAAAGAAAAAUACUUGAAAUACAAGCAAAAAAAUAAGAAGAAAGAUUAAGAGUAGAAUAAAAAAUUGCUUUCGAAAAAUAAAAGAUAUUGGAAAAUAAAUUAAAGGAUUACAACAUGUAUAAGUAAUAUGAAAAUGAUAAUUAUGAAUUAUCAAAUCAAAGAAAAUAAAUAGGUCAUAGUUCAUCUAUGGAAUCAUAUAAUAUUAAAUUGAAUGAUAAUAAUUAAAAGAAAUUACCUCAUAUAUAUUCAGAUAAUUAUCAAGCAUAAGAAAGAAAUAAAUAAUUAAAUUUGCUUGAUUAGGAUUUACUAAAAUAUUAAAAAUUAUAACAAUAAUAACUUUAACAAGAGUAGACUUAUAAUCCAAAUAAUCAAGUUUUAAGAGCAUAGCAACCUAUUUAAACACCUCUAAAGACACCACUAUCUUAAUCAUCAAAAUAAUCAAAAUAAUCAAAGAAAUCCAAAUAAUUAAUCAAUCCAGUUCAUCAAGAUGGUCCUGGAUAUUCAUAAAUACAUCAAAGUAAAACAUAAACUCCAAAAUCCAAAUAAUCAAAGAAAUCACUACCUUAGCCUAUUGAGAUUCUUGAUUCCUCUAAUCAGUAAGUUAAACCUAAAUACAAAAAUUAUAACAUCUUAACAGGAAUCUUGCAUAUGUAGUGAUAUGAUGUUUAUUAUAU